UUAGAGGCGGAAAGACAGUCGCUCCAUUUGCCGCAUUUCAGCAGGUCCGCCGAACUGGACAAACAAGUUCGGCGACAAUCUGAAAGGCGAAACCGCCCCACGCCUGUUAAAUAGGAGCUCAGCUCGUCGCCGGCGCACACUCAAGCAACAGGCGCUGCUCCGAGGGGGACACCGAAGCCAAGAACCCGCUCGCCUGAUUCCCAUCCAGCCAAUCCCCGCGUCAUCAGAGCAGAGGAGGAGCGCGACUCCACAUUCAGCCGCAGCGCGACAAGAUGAUGCAGCUUCCAGAAACCCCCAACCAGAAGAACUCUCUCUUCACCGCCAUGAACCGCUUCCUGGGGGCGGUCAACAACAUGGACCAGACCGUCAUGGUGCCCAGCCUGCUGCGAGACGUUCCGCUGGACGAGCUGAGCUGCCUCAAGUCGGACGAAGACGAGGAGGGCACCAUGUACGGCUACUACCAGCUGCUCAAGUCCAUCCGACGGGACAUCGAGUGGGGGGUGCGGGGCGCGGUCCUCGAUGCCAACCGCAAAGAGGGCAUGAAGAUCACCCGCAUGAACUCCACCGCCUCCACCGGGUCCUCGUCCUCCUGCUCGUCCUGCUGCUCCUCCUCCUGCUCCUCCACCUGCUCGGACGAUGACGAGGAGGAAGACCUGCAGAAGCAGUUCCAGUACCACCUGACUGGACUCCAGGGGGUCCUGUCCAAGCUGACCCAGCAGGCCAACUCUCUCACCAAGCGCUACAAGCAGGAGAUCGGACUGUAAAGACUUGGAAAGGACUCUCUGCUGGAGCAACUUCUGGACCUCGCGUUUCAUGGUGUUACUGAUGGUCCGAACUCGACUUUGCACUCCGCGGUGUGGCAACACCUCACAGUGAACCUAUUUAUGUAUAUUUAUUACCUCGCCUUCGACAAUCCUUCCACUUUUGAAAAGCCCCGUGUUGGAUGAACACCAGGACUGGUCAUCUCUACCGAGCUCUGGCGAAGGAUCUCGCUCCUGUGGUGACGCGUUUGAUGCCAGUCGGUUGGGACGACCGCGUCCAGUGAUGACGACACUUUCUCCUUCCAUGUCCGCUCUACUGUCUGGAGGAGGGAGGCAGAUGCUACUGUGGCUGCCAGUGAUCUCCCCGUGUCCUACAUGGCCAGUGAACUGGAACCAAAAGAUAAUUCUUUCACAAAGAGAAUAAUGACUGGUUUUCCAGGCGACACUGUUGUUUUAUUAAUGUCAAGGUAUUAUGGGAGCUGUCCCAUCUGCCCCAAAGGAGCUUUUGUCUGAACCUUUUGCACAACUUUUGUACAGAAAUUCAUUUCUUAAUAAAAUUUUGAUAUGAAC